UUGUGAGACGCUUCUGUGUUGAGCAGCAACGACAGUUUAGGACGGCGGGAGGGGAGGGAGCAGUUUGUUUUGACAAUAAACCGGUAAACAAAAGCUACCGCUACUUCUUUCUUCAGAAAAGUGGCGUUUUGGCGUUUUUGCGUCUUUGGUGGACAGGUAUUCGUUUAAUUAAAUGUUGUACGAUUUCCAGCGUUUGCGUAAGGAGCUCCAGCCGGCGAAUCGCAUCAAUUCGCCCGGAGGGUCAUCGUCAGCGGCGACACCCUCUGCUCCGUCAGCCUGAACCGUUUAGAAAAUGACCGGAGAGAAGCUCCGUUCCCUGCGUAAGGACCAGAGGCCGAGCAAGGACGAGGAUCUGCUGGAACCGGACGAGGAAGCUGCCACCGGGACAUUCGCUGUCUCCAAGGCGAAUAACAAGAGCAGGGCAACAUCGGAUGUUAUUGAUGACAACAACAAAAACCCGAUCAUCAAACCGGGGCUGGACUUUCCGGUGCACGAAUGUGUCUUUAAAGGAGAUGUCCGACGGCUGUCUUCGCUCAUCCGGACACAGAAUAUUGCCCAGAAGGACGUCCAUGGAAACACACCAUUGCACCUCGCUAUCAUGAUGGGACAGAAAGAGUGUGCCCAUUUGUUACUGGCUCACAAUGCACCUGUGAAGGUGAAGAAUGCUCAGGGAUGGAGCCCCCUUGCAGAGGCCAUUAGCUACGGAGAUCGACAAAUGAUCACAGCGUUGCUGAGGAAGUUGAAGCAGCAGUCCAGGGAGAGCGUAGAAGACAAGAGGCCCAAACUGCUGAAAGCCCUCAAAGAGCUUGGAGACUUUUACUUGGAGCUUCACUGGGACUUCCAGAGUUGGGUGCCUUUGCUAUCCAGAAUCCUCCCAUCAGAUGCGUGUAAGAUUUACAAGCAUGGCAUCAACAUCAGGUUGGAUACAACCCUGAUAGACUUUACUGAUAUGAAAUGCCAGCGGGGAGACCUCAGUUUCAUCUUCAACGGCAAUGCUAUUCCCUCUGAGUCAUUUGUUGUUCUGGACAAUGAACAGAAGGUCUACCAGCGGAUACACCAUGAGGAGUCGGAGAUGGAGACCGAAGAGGAGGUGGACAUUUUGAUGAGCAGUGACGUUUACUCUGCCACACUCUCCACCAAAUCCAUCACUUUCUCCAGGGCGCAGACUGGAUGGCUUUUCAGAGAGGACAAGACGGAGCGCGUGGGAAACUUCUUGGCAGAUUUCUACUCUGUGAACGGCCUGGUGCUGGAGUCCAGAAAGAGACGAGAGCAUCUGAGUGAGGAGGACAUCUUGAGGAAUAAAGCUAUUAUGGAGAGUCUGAGCAAAGGAGGAAACCUCAUUGAGCAGAACUUUGAGCCGACGAGAAGGCAGUCUUUAACCCCCCCUUUACCCAACACUAUUUCCUGGGAGGAAUACAUCACUGCAGACAACGGAAGAGCACCUCAUUUAGGACGGGAGCUGGUCUGUAAAGAGAGCAAGAAAAACUUCAAAGCCACGAUAGCCAUGAGUCAAGACUUCCCUCUGGGCAUUGAAUCGUUACUAAAUGUCCUGGAGGUGAUUGCACCCUUCAAGCACUUUAAUAAACUCAGGGAGUUUGUUCAGAUGAAGCUCCCCCCUGGCUUUCCUGUCAAACUCGACAUCCCCGUCUUUCCUACUAUUACAGCCACGGUCACGUUUCAGGAGUUUCGCUACGACGAGUUCGAUGAAUCCAUUUUUACCAUUCCCACUGACUACAAAGAAGACCCAAGCCGAUUCCCUGACCUUUAACCUCUCGCCUUGGUUUUUAAUCCUACAAAACACACCUUUUAUGAAUGGAAACCCCUGUCACAUGCUCAGAAUCUGAACACAGACUGUACAGCAGAGGGAUGAGAAGACACACAGGAACAACUCCGCAGAGGAGUUGACCUCAGUCGAUGUGAACAUAAGCUGAGGCGUUGCUGAUUCUUACUCUAACCUCCAAAUCUGACACGGCACAGCAGGAAGUGUAGGUAACCGAGAUUUUUCAUCAAAGGGCAUUGAAGUGAUAAAAUGGCAGCAGAGCAGGGGGCUUUAUUUAUAUGAGGUAAGAGUAGAAUAAAGAACUACCAGUUCAGUUGACGCUUUGUAUUUAAGUCUGUGUUGUUUUUAAAGGGACUGUGUGUAACUGACAUGUAGUGACGCACUGAUAAUACUGUGUGGGAUGCUUUUAUGGGAAGUCUGCUCAGAGUUCAUUUAAGUUUGUUUUAUUUGAGCACAGUGGACAAAACCAUCUCGAAAUGCAAAAACCUUUUAAGUUUAUUCUAUUUACGGUCAAUACAAAGAGUACAAUCAUAUACUGCUGAAACCAGACAUUUAUGUACAUUAACAAAAGGACACAUUUUUGUCACAGACACUUCCUUUUUGUUUUAGAUCUAUUAGUAUUACCAAAAUUAUUUCUGAGGUUUUGGGUUGUUUUUUCUUCCAAAAAGUUUCCAUAAAUGCCCUUUGUAGUUAAAGUGUAUGACUUGAGUUAAGAUGGUUUAAAUAUGUUGGUGUCUUGCUCACAUGUGAUUGUAGGACAGAAUUGAAAAUGGCCCAUUUGUUCUGGGAUUUACAUGCACAUUUCAAACCAAAACACAUACUUGUGUAUGUGUGUAAUUCCCUUCCCAAUAUCUUUGCCAAUUUCAUUUGAUUUUUUCGUGAUAUCACACAACAUGGGGUUAGUUUGAGGUGUUGACAUAAUAUACAUGCACAAGUGAGCCUUCAGGUGAUGCCUACAAAAGCAUCACUUGGGCUAGCCAAAAUUAUUAAAAAGGAAUAGUAGUAUGUAAAUGAUGAAAGUAAUCAAAAUUAAUUAAUUAAUUUUAUUUGUAUAGCACAUUUCAGCACCAAAGUGCUUUGUUUCAUAAAAACCCACAUAGCAAAAAUUUGUAAUCGUGUUGAGCAAAGAUUUUCACAAGCAUGAAAAGUCGUAUCACUCUACACUUGGUCACUUUUUAGACUCUCUUGGACAACUCUUCAGUUUAAAGACACUUGUUUUGUGAUGUCAAACUUUCAAUUGAGCUUCUAAAAGAUCAAAGUUGCAGCUGCAGAUCUUCGCGGUACAUCAAUCUCAAUAAGCAGCAGUGAGUCUUAAAUUGUGCUAAUUAAACCUUUCGUAUUUUAUUUCACAUUUUAAUCUGUGUAGCAAAUCUGUUCAAGUACGCUCAAUAUAGACAACCCAGAUCUUAUGGUUUUAAUGAUUACAGUAUAUAUACAGAGUUAACACAUAGAACCAGGGUUUUUCCUCUGUGCAGUAUAUUUGUUGGGUUUUGGGUGUUGGUUUGUUUUUGUUUUUUUAAUUCUUUGAACUGACAAGAAAGAAAUUUCGUUUUUUAUGUAGCAUCUGGGGUUAUCUCAAGCUCUUAUUGGUUUGUAAGUUGUGGUACAAUUUUCUUACGUACAUUUGUUUAAAUGAGCAGAAAUCUCUGAAUUGUUUGAUCAUCUUUUUCUUCAGUAAUGCAUCUCUCUGAUAUGUUUGGAAGAAUUUAUUUGCAGUUGUAUUUAAAAAACCAACAAAAAACAAGCACAAAACACCUGCACAGAUUCAAUCUGAAAAGAUGAAACAAAGAAACUGAGCUCUUCUUGUUCAUAAAAACUGGCGACUGCAGGAUAUUCCUGUUGUACAGGUGGAUCAGUCAUUCAGCAAAUGUUGCUUUUAUUUAGUUCCAGUUUUCUUUGUUUCACGACAUUCCAAACUACUUUAGGUUCAGCUAGUGGAGGUGCGUCUCUUCUUCCAUUUCCAUGUUUUAUUUGUUAAUUCCCUAGCUCCACUUUAAAUGUUUUCUGUAGGCAUUUCUCCAUUAAACUACCUGUCAGUUGUACAGCUAAAAACUGUUGUAUAAGUCAGCAACACUAUUUUCAUAUAAAAUGUACUAAAAAAUAAAAAUUCCUCAUAUCUGUCUGGA